AAACAAGCAAACAGCAAAGUAGAAGAGGCUUGAAUAAUUUGCCAUAGCACAUUAUUUAAGGAUCAUAUAUUUCACUGUGAGCUUUACAAAUAGACCAUGUCAGCACAUGCCAGCCUGCUCCUUCUCAUCUCAGUGCGUGUGUGCAUCCAGGACGGUUCUGGAUUUCCACUUUCAGACAAACCUGACUCCAAUGAUCUUCACAGACUGCGGACCAAGCGCUGUGCCUGCAACAACCAACUAGAUUCAGAGUGUCACUACUUCUGCCAUCUUGACAUAAUCUGGGUCAACACACCAAGUAAGACCACUGUGUAUGGCCUGGGCAGCCCUCUGUCUCGUCGCCGGAGGUCCGUUGGUCGAUGUACAUGUGCCAACUCUGAUGAUCGCAUCUGCACCAGCUUUUGUCAGGACAGUUCACAGUACUCUUCCCAAAGCGUCGUAAAGAUCUCUCGUGCAAACCUGCUGACUUUCCUCAGAUCUAUGGUCAGAACAUCUGAGAGGUACAAAGGGAUGGGCCAUCCACAUCAGAACAAAGAAACCAGGGUCACUGGGAUUGAUGAGCUUGGAAUACAGUGAGUAAGGAAAGAUUGAGCUCCAGAACAAAUGACACUACUUCAAAAUGGAGAAAAGCAGAACAAAGGUCUGCUGAGACAGAGAUGUCACAUGCUUGAAGGCCACAGCCUGGUGGGUCUGCCUGUCUUUUGGCACCCAGACAUAGAGGUUGGAAAAUGAAAACUAUGCUUGAAGACAGCAUGGAACCUAGAUUGAACCUUGACUGACAAACCUGGCACCAUAAAUUAAGACUACUUGUGGGGCAAAAUAUAGGGUUUUGUGUAGCUCAGUUGGUAAAGCAUGCCACGUAAACCCUCAGGACUGUCACUUCGAUUCCCAUGGUCAGCUAGUAUGACACUCACUACUAUAAAUCGUUCUAGAUUAAACUGUCUGCUAAAUUACUCAAAAGGAAAAAGAUUCAGAUUAGUGGCAGUAGUGGUUUGUUAAACAGCAGUGAAGUGUUGAUAUAUUUAUGCUGGUUGUCUUUGUUCAAGACAUGGGCAGACCAAUGUCAGCAUCAUAGUAAUAAUGUGAAUAUGAAUAUGACUAACAGGUAGCUGAUAGUCAUCAAAAUGGAUUAUGAGAAUGCCUGGGUUUUUCAAAUUAUUUUCCAAAAUAAAUCUCAUAAUUAUUAUACUGUUCAAUAGCAAUAUAUAAUGAUGGCUAUGCUGGUUAAUCAUAAGUGAAAAUAGAUAUGGAAAUGUAGAUGUACAUUGCUUGGGAUAAUAUGUACACUCACCUAAAGGAUUAUUAGGAACACCAUACUAAUACUGUGUUUGACCCCCUUUCGCCUUC